ACUUUUCCAUGCCCUACAUCACCACAUGUGUGCUGGUCCUGCGAGCUGCAGCGUGGUGAUCAGAAGAAGCGCAGAGCUCUCUCUUUAGAGGGCCAUCAAAGUGUUUUGUCAAGAUGUUGGUUUUAUUUGAGACGGCCGCUGGAUAUGCAAUCUUCAAAGUCCUCGAUGAGUCCAAGCUGCAACAAGUGGACAGCUUGUAUAAAGAAUUCGAAACACCUGAAAAGGCGAACAAAGUUCUCAAGUUGAAGCAUUUUGAGAAGUUUCAAGACACCACAGAGGCCUUGGCAGCUGCUACUGCUCUUGUUGAGGGAAAAAUUGGCAAGAGUUUGAAGAAGGUCCUCAAAAAGAUCGUUGCCAAGGAAGCACAUGAGCAACUGGCUAUCAGUGAUGCUAAACUUGGUGGUGUUAUCAAAGAAAAGUUGGACAUCAGUUGUGUCCACAGCCCUGCUGUGGCGGAGCUCAUGAGGUGUAUCAGGAGUCAGAUGGAGGGUCUCAUCACUGGACUUCCUGCUCGCGAUAUCAGUGCCAUGUCCCUCGGUUUAGCUCACAGCUUAUCUCGAUACAAGUUGAAGUUCAGUCCAGACAAAGUUGACACCAUGAUUGUUCAAGCCAUCUCUUUGUUGGAUGAUUUGGAUAAAGAGCUGAACAACUACAUAAUGCGCUGCAGAGAGUGGUAUGGCUGGCACUUCCCUGAGCUGGGGAAAAUCGUCACAGAUAACUUGGCCUACUGCAAAACUGUCAGAAAAAUUGGUGAUCGAACAAAUGUGGCUGGCAGUGAUUUGUCAGAGUUGUUGCCUGAGGAGAUUGAAGCAGAGGUAAAACUGGCUGCAGAGAUCUCCAUGGGAACUGAGGUGUCGGAACAGGACAUCGCCAACAUCAGUCAUCUCUGUGAUCAGGUGAUUGAGAUUACAGAAUACAGAGUGCAGCUGUAUGACUACCUAAAGAACAGGAUGAUGGCCAUUGCUCCAAAUCUGACAGUAAUGGUGGGAGAGCUAGUUGGAGCGCGACUUAUUUCUCAUGCAGGUUCUCUCCUGAAUUUGGCAAAGCACCCCGCCUCAACAGUUCAGAUCUUGGGAGCAGAGAAAGCUUUGUUCCGAGCCCUCAAAACUCGCAAAGACACACCCAAAUAUGGUCUCAUCUACCAUGCAUCUCUAGUGGGCCAGACCACUGCCAAGAACAAGGGCAAGAUAUCCAGAAUGCUGGCAGCUAAAACGGCCCUGGCUAUUCGUUAUGACGCGCUGGGAGAAGACACCAAUGCUGAAAUGGGUGUGGAGAACCGAGCCAAGUUGGAAGCCCGCCUGCGUCAGCUUGAAGAGAAAGGAAUCAGGCGAAUUAGUGGUACAGGCAAAGCAAUGGCCAAAGCAGACAAAUACACUCACAAAAGUGAAGUGAAAGUAUAUGAUCCAUCCGGCGAUUCCACAAUCCCAUCCACAUCAAAGAAGAGGAAGAUUGAAGAGCUAGAGGAGCCAGAAGACGCUGAGCCCACAACACCAGCGCCCAAACCCAAAAAGUCUAAAAAGGAGACAGUAACAGAAGAAGAAGCUACUGAAACAGCAGAAGCUUCUGAGGAGACUCCCAAGAAGAAGAAAAAGAAGAAGAAAGAUAAGAAAUCAGACGAGGCCGCUGAAGAGGCCGUUAAGCAGGAAGCAAAGGAGGAAGAGAUGGAAGUGCCAGUAUCAGAGUCCAUAGAAAAGAAGAAAAAGAAGAAGAAAAAGAAAGUAAAGGAAGAGGAAGCAGAUGAUGAGUAAAGAAGAUGGCACAUUUGUGUAUAUAUAUUUUUUAGAUUUUUAUGUUUGUUUUUUUGUUUAAUCAUAAUCAUCUGUCAGCAGGGCAAUAUGUCAAGUGUUUCUGGAUGAUCCUGAAUUGUAACCUUUGCUUUUAAGAAAUGCUUCUUAUGUUCUGUACAACAAAUGCUAUCAUUUUACUAGUAAGACAAUGGCCCUGUUGAAAUAAAAAAAAAAAAAAU